AUCAAGUGAGCAACAGCGAGAGGGCCGCCAGUCUUGGCUGUUGAGGAAACUAUUGUGGUGGCAAGGAGCCUUUCAUCCAUAAAAUCUCACCAUCAUGAGAAAAAUCAGUCUGAACGGGAAUUACCUUUGCUUGUUGCUGCUCGUCGUCCCACUGUGCUUUGUGGUGGACGCCAAGAAAAGUUUGAGGCAGCGGGACAUUGAUGCAGUUUGGACCAGAAGACUAUUUGCAAGGCAAAAGAUCUCAACGCCAAUGGAGACUCGCAGUUUGAAAUGCAAGUCAGAGGUCUCGGCGCCCGUGCGUCGCUGCAGCCCCCCGCGGGGGAGCUGCUCUUCCAGCGACCCGUGCUGCGGCCCCUGCUCCUUCUGCCAUUGUCGAUUCUUCAACGCCAUCUGCCGCUGCUGGAAGAUUAAGCCUCCAUGUUUGGGGAGGAGGAAAAUUCCAUGCACGAGCUUCAAGUAAACAUCAUGUUCCCAUGUGGCGCACAGCAAGAAGAAUGAGAAAUUAUCAGGCAAAGCUCCUUGAUCAAAAUAUCUUGUGUUGACAUUGUAGGGAUAAUGAUUAUCGGUAAUUUGAUAAUGUGAUGCAGAGUGGAUCGAAAAAUUCUACACCCCCUGGUUCAAAUGUCUGGUUUGUGUGAUGUACAAAAUAUUCCCCUGCCCCCUUAAUGUUAACGAUAAUCUGUACAACUCAAUUGAAACGGAUAUAUUUUAUAUGGGGUGAAUAGAAAUAAACUGAUGAGUUGGUUGCGCAAGUGUGUACAACCUCUUAGAACUGGUAAAUGUUCAGGAUUAAGGGGGGAGGGGGCACACAACCGUUCGUGGGUGGUGGGGUGUCCUCCAAGGGCCCACUUUACGACACAGAUGUGCUUCCGACAUGUUGAGACUCACAUUUAAAGGGAACGAAAGGAGCCGCUUUGAUUACCUAUUAAUCAAGUGACCACUCCCGCAGAGAUGCAGCCUGCCCACUCGCAGAUCCACCAGCCUGUGCCUGUCCAUGAAAUUAGCAUUAUAUGGUGUAAUCCGUCUCCGUGCAGAGUGCCGUGCAAAAUUUUACGCCGGUCCCAAAAAUUGAUUGCUUAGUCAAGAAACACCUGGCACCGUUUAAAGUACCUCUGAUUCACUCCAAAUGAAAUUCAUUUGUUAUUCUUCCUGUUUCCGGGCAUAUUUUUGCUUUCGAGUAGAAGCGUUCCCUCCAGAGCCGCACCUGUCACAGAUCAUCCGACAACUGGCUGUUGGAUUAUUUCAACCUUGCUCACGACUUUUGUCUCCCAAGUGCCUGUUUAUUCUAGACGUUCUUGACUUUUUGCCUCAUAGCUUCUUGCCUCAUAGUCAGUAGUAGUUGUUAUUUCUCGGUUUGUAUUUUCGUGGAUUGAUUGAUUUACAUUUAUCUUUUUCCUUGCCUUUAGCAAGUGUUUUUUGGUUUGUGUCGUUUUGACGUGGUUCUUUGUCACCAACGUCAUUUGUUCUACUUACUCAGUAUUGCGUUUUUUGUGAAUAAACCGUUUUGUGCAAAGACCUUA